AUGGUCUAUUUACUUGUUCUGCUGUUUGCGAUAAUCUCAAGCAGCAUAACUCAUCCGUCGCCCGAUCAGAAGUUUCGCGAGAAUGUGCCACGAUUCAAAUCGCCGCACUCACCAAAGAAGGAAGUCUAUCUAGGAGAUAAAAUACGAUUGAAUUGUCUUGCAAGCUCAAACUCGCCAUUUUUGGUGGAAUGGUUCCGAAAUGAUAAACUCGUCACAGAAAAGGUCAUGGAUCACGGUAGAAUGCAGAAAGAGCGAGAUGGAAUGCUCUUCUCAAUUAACCAUAUCACCGUUUCAGAUCAGGGUAUGUGGUCUUGCCGUGUGACAAAUUCAUACGGUAAAAUCACAAGAAACUUCACGAUCGAGGUGAUAGACUUUUGUGAUUAUUUCCUGAUUCCGGAUAUCAAUGCAAAAAGUAUUCCGAUGGAAUGCGUGUGCCUUUGGCGAUAUACCAAAGAACGAAAACGGACCGACAUUGAUUAUUCGGCAGCGACAGAGGCCAACUGCAAAAAGUAUGAGUCACGAAUGAUCAGUCGAGCUAGGAAUCCAAUAAGUGGAACGUUGUGCUUCAAACCGCCGUGCAAUUUUACCGGAGUGUUCGCGAAAUCGGUGUUCAACAGUUUUGACCCGAAUUCGGUGACGCGUGUGACACUAACAGAAGACGAUUUGCAUGAUGUUGAAGAGGAAUUUGAUCAAACGAGAUGGGAGUCGAUGAGCAAUGAGAAAAAAAUUGCGAGGGCUAGACAUAUUUUGAGAUUCAGAAAAAUUAAUCGCGAAUUGGGUAUGAUCAAAAUAAAUUCAGAUGAGGACGACGACGAUGAUGACGAGGAAGAAGACAUCAACUACAACCAACCAAUUUCUGCAGAUGUUAGUUUGAUGGAAUUAAAUUACACUGAAGAAGCUCCGUAUUUCAAAAAUCCAAACGCAACCUUUAUUAUCAAUGAGACCCAUGGACUUCCAGCAGGAAGAACCCUUAAACUCAAUUGUCGCGUUUAUGGAAAUCCUGAGCCCAGGAUUGUCUGGUACAAAGAUAAUGAGAGGCUGACUAGAAGAAGCUCGAGAAAUGGUGGUUACAGUUUCAAGUUUAAGCGAUUCACAUUAGAGCUUGAGGAUUCGGUUGAGUCCGAUGCAGGCACAUAUCGUUGCGAAGCCUACAAUUUUUUGGGAACUGCCACCAAAUUCUUUCACGUAAUCGUUGUUAAUCGCAUGCGAAGACCUCCAAUAAUUCUUCCAAAUGUUUUGAAAAAUCUCACGGUUAAUGUGAAUGAUACAGCAACUUUUAAUUGCAAGGUUAUGUCUGAUCUAGUCCCUCAUAUCAUGUGGGUGAGAAUUAAUAAAGUCAACGGCUCGUACCACUAUUACAAUGAUACUGCUGGAGAACAUAUGUUCAGCUAUACUGAGAUGGAUGCAAUGGAUAACGCUCAUGUUCAUCAUUCUGGCGAGGAGUCCACCUUGACAUUGCGAAAUGUAACAUUGGACGAUCAAGGCGUUUAUGCGUGUAUUAGUGGAAAUUCGCUUGGAAUGACGAUUGAAAAUGCUACUCUAACAGUGAAUGAUUUUGUUUCAAUUCGUUUGCUCACUGGGGAUGAUCCAAGUACAAAAAAGUUGGAGUCGACAAUCAUGACAUUCUUCGCUAUCUCGCUAGCCUCGGUUCUCUUAUUCAUUAUUUGCUUCUUUUCAAUCUUUUAUCGCUAUAAAAUCAAAAAGAAGGAAAUGAUGGAUGACACCGUUGGUUUAGUUCCGAAAAAGAAGCGGGUGGUUGUUAAUAAAAAGCCACCGGAUGAGAAUGACGGAGCUGAUAUUCCGACAUACCAAAUUCAGAUUAUCGAACAAGCAAUUAGUCCAAAAGAGGCUGGGAAACGGAAACGGCAACAAGCAGAAAAUGGAGAUAACGCUGAUAAUGUACUUCCUGAAUAUGAAGUUGAUUCCGAUCCAAAUUGGGAAAUUAAACGGGAAAGAUUGAAAUUGAUUCAUAUGCUCGGCGAAGGAGCAUUUGGAGAAGUUUGGAAAGCGCAAUUGGCAGGAGAGAAAGGUGAAGAAAUUCCUGUAGCUGUUAAAAGAUUGAAAAUGUCGGCUCAUGAGAAAGAGCUUAUUGAUUUGGUUAGUGAGAUGGAAACGUUCAAGAUUAUCGGAAAACAUGAAAAUUUGCUACGUUUGAUUGGCUGCUGCACCGGCUCUGGACCUCUAUAUGUCGUUCUCGAGCUCUGCCGUCAUGGCAACUUGCGCGAUUUUCUUCGCGCUCAUCGUCCAAAAGAAGAAAAGUCGAGCAAGAAAUCGAGUCAGGAUUUGGAGGACUACCUCGAGCCGCGAAAGAUAUCCGACAAAGAGGAGAUUGAUUUAAUUCCAAAUCUCACUCAACGACAUUUGGUUGGUUUCGCUUGGCAAGUCGCCAAGGGAAUGGAUUUCAUGGCAAAAAAGAAGAUAAUUCAUCGCGACCUUGCUGCGAGAAACGUGUUGGUUGCCGACAAUCACAUACUUAAAAUUUCAGAUUUUGGACUUUCUCGUGAUGUGCAUUGUAAUGAUUAUUACCGAAAACGUGGAAAUGGACGAUUGCCUAUCAAAUGGAUGGCAUUGGAGGCAUUGGACUCGCAUAUGUACACCAUUGAAAGCGAUGUCUGGUCAUUUGGCAUUCUUCUAUGGGAAAUUAUGACUCUCGGAGGAACCCCGUAUCCAACUAUUGCGAUGCCUGAAUUAUAUUCAACUUUGAAGGAAGGAUACAGAAUGGAAGCGCCGCAUAACUGUCCGGAUGAAGUAUAUAAUAUUAUGGUGGCUUGUUGGCAAGAAAAACGGGAAAAUCGGCCGUCAUUUUCAACAAUUGUUGACUAUCUUGAUUGGAUGUUGGUGCAGUCGGUAGAUGACGGCGAAAUUGCGGAUCGUUUGGAAUCGAAAUCGGCAACGGUGUCUCCGGCGAACUCGCUGAUGAACUUUGUGAAGAAGCGAAAGCAUCGCCCGCUUUCUGCACCUGUCAACUUGCCUUCAUUGCCGCAACACGAUAUUUGCGAUGACGAUAUGGAUGAAGCUGUUUCGCACAAUGGAGACCUUUAUCAUUUCUACUGUAAUGACAAAAAUAAUCCAAAACAUCCAAGUGGUGAAAAUUUGUCAAGAGGAUUGCUCCCAGGUUAUGUCAAGCCAGACAAUCUUAUCCAAAUUGGUGGUAUAACAAAUCCCUCAUUGGAUUCUGCUAUCGGAUCACCUGCUUGGCCAUCAUAUGAGCGCACUUCAAACAACAAUUUAAAUUCCGUAAAUACGACAUGUCUAGGAAAAAAUGCUAUUUACUACAAUAUUAACAAUAAAGUCCAGUACACGUAUUUCGACUUUAAUCCACGUUCAAUUAUGACAAGAUCUCGUGACAGUGCGAUUUGCGAAGAUUCGUAUUAUAAUCGUUACCCCAUUUAUUCAAAUAUCUGUAUUGAUGAAAGAAUAUGGACAGAAGCGACAACUUUCGACGUCAUCGUGAAGCUGACGAAAGACGGGGAAAUAAUUAUCGACGGGAUGCGGACAACCAACACGAUCGUCGUCGAAUUGAAUCGGGUGUUGCUUAUCAUGAGCCCGCACGCGGAUUUGGUUCUCGUCCUUAUCGUCACAACAACUUCGAUCAGCCACGUCGUAGUAAUUAUGAACGCAAUCCUCCGUAUCUGCCAAUUCACCACACUGACUCUCGCGAGUCUUUUGAGAAUUCUCGAUACCCAGGAUCAGCUCAUCAUGGUCCAUCACACUUUUAUGACGAUCGCACAUGUCCCAAUGAACUACGUCACACUCACGGAUGUCAUCAUUACAGAAUACCACAUCGACAUUAUCAUGAUUAUGAAGAUGUCGUUCCAGCCCAUCGAUUGGAUUCUCCCGAAUUUUUUGAAGACGAUCGUUGUAGUUGUGAUUGUGACCAAAACAGAUAUAGACCAAGGAAUCAUCACCGAUGCUCACAAAAUUUUUAUCACGGUCCGCCACGCGAUUAUGAUUACCGUUCAUACCGUUCGUACGAAGAUGAUCAAAAUUCAACCUAUUCUGGGUAUCAUUAUGAUGACAUGGAUCCAAGAAUUUCUGAUGCUAACGAUUCGUUGCGCCGUUUUGAAUCUAGCGAGUCGCUUGAAGAAUAUCGACAUUAUCGGGCUCAUGACCAAGGAAGAUACCAACAUUCAGAAUCCGAUUCGCAAGCCUACCGCCGACGAGGAUCAGGAAUUAUGCACAACGGGCAAUCGGAAUAUGCACCAACUGGUUCAUAUCGUCCACAUCUUCGCGGUCGUGGACGUGGACGUGGUGUUCAUCGUGGUUCGCAUAAGGAAGAAGAAUCGAGCAGCAGGAGAUUUCAAGAGGAGUACCCAAGAGAUAAUUUUCAUAAUGAAUCAAAUAAUAUUGUUCGUGGACGUGGAGAAUACGGACAAACGAGACGAGGCGGUCCGACCGUUCGCCAGCAUCGCGGAAGCCGUCCCAAUUUCCAUGGAGUAG